CAGUAGGAAGCAUUUUUCUUGUUCGCGUCGUAAAAUUUGCCAAUUGCAGCAGAAUUUGCGUCAAAACCGGGUCCGCAAUUGCGCGACGGAACACAACUCACCGGAAUCGAUCUGCGCGUUUUAAAAUGAAUGUGUUGCAUCCCAAGCUAGGACACCACUCGCUAGCUGGUUGAGAUGAUUAAAAAAUGAAUGAAGGUGAUUCAGCGGGAGGGCAAAAAGGUCGUACCCUAGCCCUUCCUGCUGGGACUGACCAGAGAGUAUCGAACAUUAGCAGUGUAGGCCAUUUGCCCAUUGGGCCUGUGGUUGCUUCCCCACCAAUGUCCCGUUCGUCUGCCGAUGAAAGACAGCAACAAUUUCAGCAGCUACAGCCAAUGCAGAGCACUGGAGGAUUAACAAACAAACCACUUCAUCAGCAACAAUCAUUCACCAGUAACGUAAACUUGAUUCCGACAGCCGCUGGAAUCGUUCCGUACAAUCAGCAACAACAGUUUGUGUCAGCUAGCAGCGGUGAAAACGUAAUACAUUGCCCUGUGAAUAAUGUGAACAAUGACACAAGUCCUAGCAUUAUUAUCAGAUCUGCAGUGGACAGAGAAGUGCGAUCGCAAAAUUCAAUUGUGGAAUCAAGUGCAAAUAACAGUAAUACCGGCAGUGGUAGAAUAGUUCCCGGUGGAAACAUUCACAGUGACAGUUCAAGUAGUGCAUCAAACAGUGCCAGUGCCGGUGAUAUCUACGUACAAACUGCAAGUAGUGGAAUAGUGAGCGGCCCGGGUGCGGGUGCAGGACUGGGAUCAGAGGAAUCCAUUUCACCAACCGCCCGAAAGCGUCUAAAGUUAGAAAAUCCUCUCGUAGAAAUUGAACAUGACAUUUCCACUUUGAAGAAACAAAUUCUUGAACACAAGUAUAUGAGAUUAAGGAGUAUUAAAGAAAAAUACUCUGAACAUGUAGCAGAACUGUUUUUUCUUCAAUCCGGUGGUUCUAUGAUGGAAUAUCCUAUAUGGAGAAAGAAGCCUCAUACGCCAGCAUUUUUAAACUUUAUGCGAACAUAUAAGCUAGAACCUUUAUCAUCAAAUCUGGAAGAAGCAGGAGAAAUACUAAAACAACAAUCAAGUCGUGCGCUUUCGUCUUCGACGAACGCAAGUGUAUCGAGCCUACCCCAGGGAGCGGAAAUCAAAAUCACUGGUGUUGGUGCGACCCCGGUAGCCGUAUCAACUCAAUUACCAGCCGCCGUGGCUCAGCUAAGUCAGCAAGGCGGCACUCCAAUCCUGCCGGAUCCGAUUGGCAUCGGAGCCAGCACAAGUAUCGAACGGAAGAAACAUCUCUCGGUUAGUAGUUCCGGCGGAGCAACGGCAUCGCCCACGCUUGGAAUAUCUAUGUUGACUGGGGCUGCGGCCGUAUCGAAUGGAGCUUCAGCAUCCGGAAGUGGCAAUAGUUCUGUUGGGCCAACGGGAGCAGUAGGAGUGGGAGUUUUCGGCCACCAGCAGCAUAAUGGUACCUCGUCGAAUGCUGCUACUUCUAGUGGCGGCGGAGGAAACGGUGGUGGUGGAUCCGGCGGAAACGGUGGCAACGGGGGUAAUGGUGGCGGAAACGGUCAAGAUCAGUAUACUAACAAGGCCAAGCAGGAAGUGUACGUGAUGCAGCGGAUACAGGAACUACAGAAGGAAGGGCUAUGGAGCGAAAAGCGUUUGCCCAAAGUGCAAGAGCCACAGCGGCCAAAGGCACAUUGGGAUUAUUUGCUGGAGGAAAUGGUUUGGCUAGCCGCCGAUUUUGCUCAAGAACGGAAGUGGAAAAAAGCGGCAGCGAAGAAGUGUGCCAGAAUGAUUCAAAAGCACUUCCAAGACCGAGCCAUGGCUGCCCAACGGGCAGAAAAGGCGCAGGAGUUACAGCUGAGGCGAAUUGCUGCGUUUGUCGCCAAAGAAAUAAAAAUAUUCUGGGCGAACGUCGAGAAACUGGUUGAGUACAAACAGCAAACCAAGCUGGAUGAGAAACGAAAGAAAGCUCUCGAUCAGCAGCUGAGCUUUAUCGUAGAUCAAACCGAAAAGUACUCCCAACAGCUGGUGGAAGGCAUGAACAAAACCCCUGCCGUUACGGACCGUGGAACAAGCAAAGCUAACAGCCUGAACUCGAGUCGAAUAUCCUCACCUCAGCCAAAAAACAACUCUGACGAAGAAUUCCGACCGGACAGUGAGAACUCGGAUGACGACGAAGAGACUAUUGCGAAAGCCGAAGCGGAAGCAGUAGAAACCAACGAAGAGGUUGCAGCCUUACAGAAGGAGUCGGAGAUGGAUCUGGAUGAUUUUCUUAAAAAUCUUCCUAAGGAUUAUCUGCAAAAUCGCGAUAAAAUAAUACUUUCUGAACCAGAAGGUAGUGAAAAAGGCAGCGAGGACAAUGAUAAGGACUUUUCCGCUGACGAAGAUAGUGGUGACGAUGAAGACACUAUUAUGGAACAAGAAAAGCAGGAGAAGAACGAAGAUCAUAAGAAAGAAAUCGACGAACUGAACGCUGAAAAUGAAAUGAGCAUAGAGGAACUAAUGGCUAAAUAUAAACGGCCACCAGAACAGAAAAUGGAAGUUGAUUCUGAUGAUUCAGAAUCCGUAACGGAUUCGGAAUCGCUAGCGAGUGAAUCGGACGAGGAAGAGCUGUCGUCCUCUGAUGAGGACAUGGCAGGCGAAGAAAAAAAGGGCGAUGAAGAUGUUGGCUUGAAGAAUUUACUGGACGAUGAGAUGGCCAACAAAAGCCAAAGUGAAAAAGAUGAAAUGCUCAACGAUGCGGCUGCCAUUGCCGAGAGCAUACAACCGAAGGGUAACACGCUGUCGUCGACUAGUGUUGUGACUCCGAUUCCGUUCCUAUUGAAGCACACUCUGCGAGAGUAUCAGCACAUCGGUCUUGAUUGGCUGGUGACGAUGCACGACCGUAAGCUGAACGGCAUUUUGGCUGACGAGAUGGGUUUGGGAAAAACGAUUCAAACCAUCUCGUUGCUGGGCCAUCUGGCUUGCGUCAAGGGCAACUGGGGCCCGCAUCUAAUCGUGGUACCUUCCUCGGUGAUGCUGAACUGGGAAAUGGAGUUCAAGAAGUGGUGUCCGGGUUUUAAAAUUCUUACGUACUAUGGCUCCCAGAAGGAGCGCAAACUCAAGCGGACGGGCUGGACGAAAGUCAACGCUUUCCACGUGUGCAUCACUUCGUACAAGCUGGUCAUACAGGACCAUCAAAGUUUUCGGCGGAAAAAGUGGAAAUAUCUCAUUUUGGACGAGGCACAAAACAUUAAAAAUUUCAAAUCCCAACGAUGGCAGCUUCUGUUGAACUUUCAAACGGAACAACGCCUCCUAUUAACCGGAACGCCGCUGCAGAACAACCUGAUGGAGCUGUGGUCGCUGAUGCACUUUCUGAUGCCGCACGUCUUCCAAUCGCACCGAGAGUUCAAGGAGUGGUUCUCGAACCCCAUGACCGGCAUGAUUGAAGGCAACUCGGAGUACAACGAGACGAUAAUCAAGCGCCUUCAUAAGGUACUACGGCCGUUCCUGUUGCGCCGGUUGAAGUCCGAGGUAGAGAAACAGAUGCCAAAGAAGUACGAACAUAUUGUCAUGUGUCGGCUGUCCAAGCGACAGCGAUUUCUCUACGAUGAUUUUAUGAGUCGUGCAAAAACGAAGGAAACCCUCGCAUCCGGCAACCUGCUGAGCGUGAUCAACGUGUUGAUGCAAUUGCGAAAAGUUUGCAACCAUCCUAACAUGUUCGAAGAACGACCCACAAUAUCGCCAUUUCGUAUGGAAGGAAUCAAUUUCCGAACUGCUUCGCUUGUUUAUAAUAUGCUAAACUAUGAUCCGUUCACCCAAGUUGAUUUGUCUUCCCUGAAUCUAGUGUUAUUGCGAAUAGAGUUAGUGUUGUCUGCUUAUGUGGCGCACAGAUCGCAACGGUUGUGCCUGCCGAAGCGGUUAAUCGAGGAGAUCGAUUCCACGCCCGAGCCGGCUCCACGCUGUCCGACCGGAAGGUUAAAACUACAUGUCCGAGUGCCCAAUACGUUGGUUCAGGAAACCAUCAGCAACAACACUAGGGCCGUUAGGGUUGGCACCAGUCCGGCUAUGAAGACUGAAGGAACGCGAUUCGUUCCGCUUGUAAAUUCUUCGCUAGUAGAUAGGAAACCACUGAUUGAGGAAAUCAGGAGUACGCCUGGAUCAGCAACAACGAUUACGUUGGACGAUGCCCAGCCAUCGAUUGUAAAUUUACGUAAAAAAUGUGAUAUUCUUAGCGGUAGCAGUACUAGUAAUAAUAGUAAUAUUAGCAACAACACUACGACCAGCAGAUUGGGUGCUGGACAAGUAGCGCAAAUAGUCCAUACCUCUGCAGGAAGGCAAAUUAUUUUAACGACCAACAGUAGUGGCCAAAUGCUAACGUCCAGUGGACAACGCUUGACUGUCGUUAAUCGAACGGGUAUUCCAGCUAACGCAAACCUAACGAGGUUUUCCAGUGUUUCUCGUGCUGUCCCGGCGGCACAAAAUAGUCAAAGCUCGGCGGCAUCAACCGUCGCAAAUCCGAUAUCUUCUUCACUAGCAGCUUCCAUUGUUCAACAACUUCAGCAUCAUUCCUGCUCUGCCACUGCCAAUCUCACUCCGGAGGAGCUGGAACAGAAAGCUCGCACCGAGUUCUAUCUUGCCAGUGUAGAAGAAUCUCGCAAAGAGCGGAGAGGGCAAAUUUUGGAACUGCUUGGCCGAAUGAACCAGAAACGGUGUGAUUCAGCUCCAAUCUAUGGCGAAGAUUUGCGCGAUUCUGUCAGCAAAAUUUGCAGCGAACAUUUCGCCGAUGUAGCUUCCGUGCCGGCUAUUUCGCUGGGUAGCUUCUACUGUCGACAAGCACAGCAAAACCCUCGCUGGGGUUUGUUAAACGCAAUCAAGACUGUCGAACAGCGAACGGAAGAGUUCCGCUCGUUGUUCAAUAAUUUCGUCAUUUAUGUACCUGCUGUUUGUGCCCCUGUGCCAACGCUCCAUGUUUCGCAUCCACAUCCUUCUAGACAAAAUGAAGAGCAGGAGUACGAUAUGCAAAUUCAGCAAGCGCUGAAACCUACGCUGAAGAUACUUCAUCCGAUCGUUUCGGCAAUGUGUACGCAGUUUCCCGAUCCUCGACUGAUUCAAUACGAUUGUGGCAAGUUGCAAACCUUGGAUCGAUUGCUGAAGCAACUCAAGGCUGGCGGCCAUCGGGUGCUGAUCUUCACCCAGAUGACUCGAAUGUUGGACGUGCUGGAAGCUUUCCUGAACUAUCAUGGUCAUAUCUAUCUGCGGUUGGAUGGCACGACCAAGGUCGAACAAAGGCAACUGCUGAUGGAGCGAUUCAACGGUGACAAGCGAAUGUUUGUUUUUAUCCUCUCAACGCGAUCCGGUGGAGUUGGCAUCAACCUAACCGGUGCGGAUACUGUGAUAUUCUACGAUUCCGAUUGGAAUCCGACAAUGGAUGCACAAGCCCAGGAUCGUUGCCACCGAAUAGGACAAACGAGAGACGUUCAUAUCUACCGAUUGGUGAGCGAAAAAACCAUCGAGGAAAACAUUCUUAAGAAGGCUAACCAGAAACGAAUGCUUGGCGAUUUGGCAAUCGAAGGCGGAAAUUUCACGACAGCUUACUUUAAAAGCUCCACCAUUCAGGAUCUGUUCACCGUGGAUACCGUGGAAGAGGACGCUUCAACACGGCUGGCAGAGGUAAUCGAGCGGGAAAAAGAACGCAAAGAGCGUCUACUGCAUUCGAAUGCGAUUGCCGGUCCAUCGUCCGCUAACCCCAGCACUAUAGCAGCUGCCGACGAAAGUAAAUCAGCUAUCAAUGUGUUCGAAUCGGCAUUGGCCGCAGCCGAAGACGACCAGGACGUACAGGCAGCGAAGUUCGCUAAGGCGGAAGCAUCGGCUGAUUUGGAAGAAUUCGACGAGAACAUCCCGAUCGACCAGGAACUGCACGAGCGGGAACCGGAAAUGAGCAAAGCCGAAAAGGAGGUGCAAAAUCUGAUUAGUCAGCUGAGUCCUAUCGAGCGGUACGCGAUGCGCUUCGUUGAGGAUACCGAAGGAACCUGGACAGCCGUGCGGCUGAAGGCCGUCGAAGCGGAAAUCGAACAGCAGAAGCGCGAAUGGGAAGCCAAUCGGUUGGCCCAGCUGAAACGCGAGGAAGAGGCCGCCAGGCAGCAGGAAGCCGAAGAGAACGAUCUGCUGACGUUCUCCCGCGAGGAUGCCCAGAAUCAGAUUUGGAUAUCUGAUAACACGAUGGAAAAGAUGCCGAUGUGGUGUCCUCCAACGCCUCCGCAAGAUGACAACGACAUCUACAUCGAUUAUUCGCUCGGUUUUCUGUACGAGAGAGAAAUUAUCCCCGAGUCGCAACUGCCUGCGGUGUACGUUAAAAAGGAGUACAAACGUAGUCGGUCGGAGGCGGGUUUCUAUCCGGACGGACGUCGUCCGGCCAAGAUUCGCAAAGAGGAUACCUACUACGCGCCGCGAUCGUUGUUUGACCGUCCCUCUCCGCAGAUCGCCAAGCUACGCAAAGACUACAAAUUGCAACGAUACAAGGGUAUAAUAAAGCCCUUCCCGCUGGUCGGUUUGAAACCUACUAUGCCCAUCAAGCAGCUAGUGGAACCGGAAGGAAUGCCCGAGUGGAUGAUCCACGAAGAUAUGGCCAUGCUAAAUGUCAUACAAAAUCUUCAAGGUCUCCCGCUGAAUCUGAUGCUGGUGUCUCCUGGUCAUACCCCUAAUUGGGAUCUGGUAGCCGACAUUGUCAAUCAAUCGUCACGAACUUACCGCUUGCCGAAGCAGUGUCGCUACCGUUACGAAGCGGUUAUCAUCCCUCGCGAGGAGGGAAAACUACUGGAGAGUCCCAAAAAGCAAAAGAAAAGUAAAAACCCUCUGAAGCAAUCACCGUCCAAGGGAAUGCGAUCCAUGCGUACGGCUCAGCUUUUCACCGGUGACGGAAACUGUUCGUACAUCAAACUGCUGAAACAGAAAUUCGAUAAUCUCAAGCUGGCCUACAGCAAAAAAGCCCCGCAAGCUAAGCAGGUUAUAGCAAACCCGCAGCUGAAAAACCCGAAGCAUGCGGCCGUGCUGGUUGAAUAUGGGAUUACAAACUACGAAGCCCCACUGACACCGGUGGAGAUUGCUACCAGGCGAGCGGAACGGAUUUCGAAGGAAAAACAGAAAAAUGCCGUAUUGAUGCAGGGACAAGAGCAGCUUGUUCAACAGCAGCAGCAGCAGCAGCAACAACAGCAGCAGGCACAACAACAAGCCCAGCAGCAGCAGCAACAGCAACAACAACAGCAGCAACAAACGCAAGUCCAGGUGCAGGUCGCUCAACAGGUGCAGGUCGUUCAACCACAACCGCAUGUGAUUCAACCGCAGGUAUCGCAGCAAAUUCAAAUUCAGCAGCACACGCAACAUGUUUCCGCCGGUACACCGGGCGGCGGUCAGGUGCAGCAGGCCACAAUCGUUGUUUGUGGUGUUGGCACCAACACAUCGCCCACCGUGGCCACUCUCGUGCAGGCACCCUCGAUCCAAACCGGUCGUCCACAACCCGUGGUGAACAUCUGCUCCACCCCGAGUCAACAGCAAAUUGUUAAGGCCAUCGUAGCCAGUCAACCAAAUCAAAACCUGCUGACCCAGCAACUAGCCGUAGCUCAGAACAAUCCGCAACAGCAAGUUUCCGUUGUUCUAACAACCCCUGUUACGACCAUAUCGUCGAACUCGGUACAACUAUCUCAGCCGCAGAUUGUUUCCAUUCACCAAUCGACACCUCAGAUUAUUCAGAGCAGCCCUUCAAUUACUCAAUCCUCCAACACCAUAGUCCAAACUUUGGCGACCCAAUCGCUACCGCAGGUUGUGUCGGUGGCUCAAUUGGCCACCGUCGGUACAGUCAUGACGACCGGUAGUUCAAUCCAACAAUCGCAAGUUGCUGCUCUUACGACGUCCGCUCUCCGAGCUCAGCGAAUUGUCGCUCCACCUGGCACUCUACAAGAGGUGGUUCUUCAUCAGCGUUCCGGAUCGCAAAGCCCAACCGUGGUCAGUGUCAGUGGUCUAGGUCAAGGAUUAACUCAGGCACAACUGCAAACGGCACAGCUACGCCUAUCGAUGGCUGGACAGCAAGUAUCCGGGGUUGUAGCUAAAGGAAUAUCCGUUGGAACGGUAACCAGCGCCGGUAAACCGAUCAACACAUCGCAAAUUCAAUUCCUUCGUCAGCAACCAAUCCGGCAGCAAGUCAAAGUACUUCAUCCCAGUGCCGCCGGGCAACCAGGAACCACCACGGUCCUGCAACAAGCUGCUGGCCAACCUACGUUGGUUAGCCCAGCUAUCAUACAGGGAAAUAUUAUCCAAACUGGAACCGUCGGUCAGACGGUUCAGGUUCAACAGGCUGCUCAGAAAGUGUCCGUUACCACGGUUAGCACUGCCGCAAGCGGAACUGUGACCCAAGCCGGAACGAUUGCCACCGUCCAGGUUGGACCGGGACAGCAAAGGACCCAAUUUAUCAAACAUGUGGGCACAAAACAAAUGAUUACAACCAGACAAGUGACCGAGAACGAGAUGCAACUGAUGGUGAAGCGACAAAUCAUCAGCCAGCAGCAUAAACCACAGCUAAUCCCACAAGCGCAAAUCUUCGCCCCAGCAAACCUACAGGUCCAACAGGCGGGCACUUCAAACCAACAAAUAGCUGCGCUUGUUAAAACGUCCAGCGGUACGGUGGCAGCCACCGGAAUGACUUUGUCUCAAGUGAAAGCCGGACAGAUAAAAACUAUCAGCAAUCAAAGUCAAGUAAGACAACUGCAGCUACAGCAGCAAAUAAUUGCAGCCCAGCAAAGAAAGAGCGGUGGCAAAAUGACUCAAAUCACUCAAGUGACUGGAAAGGCCGGGCAACCGACACAACUUUUUGUGCAAAGUCCGAAGAAUCUACCCGCAGGAACGGUAACGGUUCAGCAGAUACAGCAAGUCAUAAGGCACGCCCAACCGGCUUCCAUUGGAACCGGCGGGCAGAUCGUGCUGGGUAAAACCAGCGUCGGAAGGGUUAUUCCGGUCUCCGUUUCCCAGCAAGCCAACCAAAGACAAACGAUUCAGGUGGUGACAGCGACCUCGGCUGCGCAAGCUAUUGCGGCCGGUAACAUUCGAGCGCACGUGCCGACACAAAACAUCGGUACCAUAAAGGUAGCAGCGGGAGCAACACCUGCCCAACAGCAACAAGCCAUACUCACGGCACUCCAAAACCAACAGAACCAACGCCAAAACAAUAGCCCUGUACGAUUACAAACUUCCGGCGGUUCACUGGUUGCGGUGACGGUUCAGCAGUCACAAACCGUCGCUGCGACUGCCAGUUCCGAGCUGCAACAACAGCAAGCACAACAGUUGACCGUUGCGGCUGCCCAAUCCCAGCAGCAAGCUCAAUCGCAAGCUGCUACGCAACAGGUGCUGCAGAUUCAGGCUCAACCACAACAGAUCAUAACGGCAUCUUCGGGAGCGGUGGCCGAUGGUACAGCAACUGUGGUGCAAGCACAGCAGCAAACGCAACUAGUAACCCAACAGCAACAACAGCAGCAGCAACAACAACAACAACAACAGCAAGUGCAACAACCUACCGUAGUGCAGCAGCAGGUGAGCAUGAUCAAAAAGAAACAAUCUCCAAGUGGGAAGUAGAGACAGAGAGAGAGAGUUUGACGUCGUCUUUAGUGAUAAGUCCAGUGUCCAGUGUGUGCGUGUAAGUAUUAUACUGGUAGUGAGGAACUCAUCCGCUUGGGUUUUGCCAACGUUGAAAAGUUCAAAAGUUCAGAGGCUGAGGAAAUUCAACUUUAAAAUCGUGUGCUAUUAUUUUUUUUUCUCAAUUACGACGUACCUAGAUGCUAAUAAAAGCUUCAAGUUGUUCUAUCGAAGCUGGAAAAUUAAAAUAAGUUUUUUUAAACUAUUGUGAAAUAGUUUAAAAGCUAUUUAAUACCUCUAAAAUGUUUUUCCCGUAACGAAAUUAAACGAACAAUUGUUGUUAUUAUUUUAAAAUAUGAUACACUCUACAUUGAAUAUUGGUCUGUUGUGAUAUCACCCAUACGUUCAAUUUCCGCACUUCAGUUGUUUACUAAAGAUUUCUUAAGUUUUGUGUGAAACUUUUAUAGUUUUUAGUCUCAUCGUUUAUAUGAAUAAUUUAUUUUUGCAAACUAAAUCACGUUCAAAAGCUAGUCCUUCUGUACUGGUCGGAGCACGCCAAUACCUUACAUGUGACAAUACUCAAAUUGUCAUUUGAGAUAUGCGAAUGUAUAGGUUGUAAACAGGAGGAACCAUUCUGACCAUUUAUUAGAAGACGCAGUCUUCAUUCGAUGAUAAGUGAAAAGGGUCUGAAGCUAAUAAACGUUCUCGUGAAAUGUGGAAUGACUUUCUGCAGCUGCUGGAUGUGUUCUUCCACGUUCCCGUCUUACUUACCUUACUUUAGCGGCGACGGUUGGUCAUCGAUCCUGCGCCGAACGAAUUCUGUAUAUCGAACGAACUGGUUUUUCGAACGAAAGUGAAUUCUUCGAAUUCUUUAUUCCGCCAGCAAAAUCAAAUUGGUAAAACAACUCGUUCGAAAUAAGUCGAACGAAAUAAAGAUCCGUUCGAAAUACAGAAUAGGGGUGAUGAUUCAUGUCCGUACAGGACCUCCGGGAGAAUUAGUGUUCUGUAGAGUGCUUGUUUUGUGUGAAUUUGCAAACUACGGGACUUCACCUGGCUACGUAAUCCGUAGAAAGUCCGAUUUGCGACUACAAGUCGUUGUUUUCCUUUGCGACUUACAUCGUUGUCACAUGUCACGAUCAUACCAAGGUAUAUGAACUCCUCAAUUACUUCAUAUCAGGUCGUAUGAAUAAAAGAGUUCGAGCAAAUGCUCCCAUACGAUUUAAACAGGAAAAGCAAAGUAAACUGUUUUAUUCAUACGGCCUAUUGUUCCCUAUCCAGUUCCACCUCAGCAUCAACACCAUUUGGACUCCUACGUUCGCUGUCAAAAUGUAUUCCAGCGUUUUUAGUAAGCGUAAUUAAUUUUGUCAGAAAAGCGCGUUUUAACAUUAUCUGCCAUUAGUUGAUUUCCUUUGACUGAAUCGUACGAUGAGUCUGCGAGUUGUACUCCCGGAACGUGUCUAGCAACUGACGCUGGGUAAACAUUUGAUCCAUCGUGGAGCGCCCUCAUAAAAACCGUCUUGGUACUCGCCGACGAAGAACUCAGAAACGGGCUCAGUCUACAGAACAGGGUACAGGAAAGCAUCUUAUAGGCAGAAUUGAGCAAUGUAAUGCCUCGAUAGUUUUUACACUCGAGUCGAACUCUUCUUUUGAAAAUAGGGCAAAUGAGGCAUUCCAAUCACUCCUUCAGCAUUUGCUCUUCCUCUCAGAUUCUGACAAUAGUCGGGUGGAUUGCUUUAUAUAGCCGCUCUCGCUCCGCUUUUAAUAGUUCAACCGGGAUACCGUCCUUCCCAACAGCCUUACCGUUUGUCAGCUUCUCGAACUUACUCUUUAUAACAUGUUUUUUUGAAGGAACUUAGCGUUAAAUUGACAAACUGAGUAUGUCGUUGACAGCGGGUUGAUCCGCAGCCGUGUUGGGCUACCUGAGCCCAAUUUGGCGGGCGUCUCAGAUCCUUUUCUCCGCACCGUCGUCCGGCAUCCACGGUUUCCAGGCUGGAAACAUUCCAGCUCACCUUAACCCAGCGAUAUUCGCCAGGUUUUACGAUGUGAAGCUCUCCAAACCUGUGUCUGUAGCUCGUGAUUCAUACAUCUCCAUCAUUAUUCGCUUUUAGUUUGCACAUCGCCAAAUAUCGCAGCACCUUUCCCUCGAAAACUGCAAGGACGGGUAUGUCUUCCAUGUGCAGCGUCACAGCUUCAUGUGCAUAAAGAACUCACGGUCCAAUGAGGGUUUUGUAUUCGCCAUCAGCUGUAAGAGUUCAGGCAAAUACGGGCUGGUACUACGAUCCUAUUGACUCUUACAGUCUCUCUCAGCUAAGACUCGAACAUACCUUCCAGCAGCGUCGCACUUCGAGGCUAUCUGGGAGGCAGCGGCUACCAGCAAUACAAGUACUCCUUUACCAUUUCGCCAUCUACAGCUUCCAUCGGUGGCAAACGCGCGUGCCCGUCUUCUUUGAGCCUCCACCUUUCAUGUGCUUGAUCUUCGGCAUUUAUGUAUUUUUAGCUCAAUUCUAGAGUCCGCUUUCAGUCUGGUGUAAAUUGCCUCUGCCGACACAAAGUUUCUGGCUAUGAUAUCAAAGUCAUCUGCAAAGCCUAACCAUUGGCUACUUUUGCUUAAAAUCGUGCCUCUCGCUUAGAUGCGCCGUCUUCGGAUCACUUCCUCUAGAGCGCUGUUGAAAAGUGUCACCUUGUCUCAACCCUUGCCGCCUCUCGAAGGAACUUGAGUGUAUCGGAGAUGCGCACGAAACACAUAACUCGAUCCAAUGUAGCUCUGAUCAGUCGCGUCAAUGUGUCCGGAAAACCGGGCUAGUGCAAUAUCUGCCAUAGCUGGUUUCGAUCGACAAUAUCGUAUGAUGCUUUGAAGCCAUUAAAGAUGUGAUGCGAUGGCACGUUGUACUCUCAACAUUUCUGCAAGAUCUGUCAGUUAGUAAGAAAUUUUUCCGUAGUGGCACGUGCCCGUCACCACUCCGCUGGUGUAGUACUAUGAUGGUAAUUGGUCCUUCGUGGUAACUCUGUUGCUGGGAUAUUACACUAGCUUCCAUGUGCACUUCUAAAUUGUUUAAAUUGUUUAUGUGUUUAUACCGUUGUAACCGGACAGUGGUCCGUUUGCUGCAUAAUUUGUGCUUCAAAACAGCGCUUGGAGAAAAAUUCGUGAUUGAGCUCGUACACUACUUUGGUUGAGAAGCCAUGGAAAAUCGGCCCUCACCUUUAGGGUAUCAGCUAUCAUGGAUUGCUCGGCACAGAUUUUUCCUGGUUACUCCAGGUUGUUCCAUUACAGGCGACGGAGAGCAAUCGAAUCGAAUCGGAAUCAACUAUUGCGUUGUAUAUUCUUUAACCGAUCAACGCCCUUUAGAAAAACUGUGGGAUGCUUUAGCAACUAUGUAGCUGAUCUAGGCGAACUUCCAGGUCCAUGAUGUAGGACUUUCUUUUAAUCAGUUCACCGCCGACAUGAUAGCCAAAAAGGAUUGUCCGUUUUUUCCUGGAGAACGAUACAACCGAAAAGCUAAUAUUAAGCACCAUUAUAUUCGUUACGGGUUCCGGACGAAACCAUCUUGAAAGGCUCUCCAGUUGUUGUUGCAGAAAGAUGUUAAUAAACAUCUUAAGAUCAUCAGCAACGAAAAGUCUGGGUCCUCGUAGCGAAAAGUUCACAUCGUUGAAGUAUAGUACAAUAAUAAGUGGGCCCAGGUGGCUGCCUUGUGGAAUAGCGGACAUAGCAAUAAAUCCGCUGGAUAUUGAUAAUCCGAUUUUAACAGCCAUAUGCCGGUAAGCCAAGUAGGACUUCAGCCAUAGCAAUAGGUAGCCGCGAAGCCCCAAGUCCUCUCGAGCUUGGCAAUCGUUGUAACUUAUCAUAAGCAGCAGAGAGGUUGGAGCAGGUUGCAUCCGUUUGGAAACGCCUCGACAUGGUAUCAUGUCUUCUUUCUGUUCCAUCUCCAAAUGAAAGGUCAUUGAAGAACUCAGUUAAGAAUAGAUUCUUAGCAGACUAUGUCAAGUUUCAGCGUGAUAGCCCAUACGCGAUUGGAUCAUGUUCUCAUAGAACGUGCCCGGAUCAAGACUAGUAGUUGAAUCGAGUGAAGGCUAUUCCUUGCUGGACUGGCAUAGUAAAAUCACUGACAAACUAACAUGCCACAUAGAAGAAAAUCCUUUAAAAACCAUCGUCCUUCACAUUUUGCUUGUAUGCUAGCACCUUCUGUUAUGCAUGUUAUGGAGUAACUUAUAUUUGUAGGGCUUAUAUUGUAGGACUUUUACAUUUGUUUGGUUUUAUACCGAACACUGCAAUGUGGCCAUGCUGCAAAACAUGAUUUUUUUUAUAAAUGAGCGGUUUUGCAUGAAUGAUGGAAUUAAUACGGGUAUCUCGUCUGUUUGUCUGUGGUAAAAUAAACUACUUGUUCUACUUUGUCUUCCUGGCGCUUUUCCUUCUCAGGAUAAUGCUUAAUUUGUUUCACAGCAAGGGCUAAAUUUUCCUUCGCGACAAUGUUUAGCUAGUUUUGCACGGUCUUUGGCCUUCACCGACUUUGAAACGUGCGUUGGCGAUUU